UUCAAUUGUUUUGCUGCCGGUCGCCGGUGAGGUGUUGCUACUGCGAGGAAGAAAGCCAUGGCGUUAUUGAUGGAGAAGGGUGCUGAACCUCAAACGGAGAGUGAAUUAGCAGACCUUGAUGCUAUCUCUGCUCUCAAGGAGUCCGCUGCACUUGAACUCAAAGAAGAAGGUAACAAGUAUGUGAAGAUGGGAAAGAAGCAUUAUUCAGAGGCUAUCAACUGCUAUACACGGGCCAUAAAUCAGAAAGCCUUAAGUGACAUGGAGACCUCAAUGAUAUUUUCUAAUAGGGCACAUGUAAACUUACAACUUGGAAAUUAUGGGCGUGCUCUUUCAGAUUCAGAGGAAGCCAUCAAGCUCUCCCCAACAAAUGUCAAGGCUUUUUACAGAGCAGCAAAGGCAUCAUUAUCUUUGAAUAAGUUGGUUGAAGCACGAAGCUUUUGUGUAAAAGGACUUGAUGAGAAUCCAGAUAAUGUAGAUCUAAAGAAGCUAUGUGAGGUGAUUGAUUCACAAAUAUCACAACGCCAACAACACGAGGCCCAAGUUUCCAAAGCUUUGACAGCAGCUAAGGAUUUAGUGUCAGCAAUUGAAGAGAGGGGAUUGAAGAUUGGAAAGGCAAUGUUCCAAGAAUUAACAGGACUGAAAAAGCCGAUAUUAGAUAAAGAUCGUAUACUUCACUGGCCUGUUCUUCUCCUUUAUGCAGAGAUAGUGGUGCACCAUUGCCAUGGGAUAAGGAGAAUGCUUACACUCGUGAUGCCAUUGAGUUGUACUAUGAGGCGGGAUCAGGAUGCAGUUAAACCUUCACCUUCAGUUGGGGGUGAAGGUGGUUCAAAAUGGGUGAAAGUGAACGAAAGAAGAACCCUUCAUUCGGUUCUCAAAGAAGACAAAUUUGUUAUCCCUGGGAUUCCUGUGUUUUUUGCUGUUUCAAAAAGAUCAAAGAGCUUCUACAAAAAAUUCAAAUCUGGGAAUUGGUCCCUUCCAUCCUGAACCAAGUCAAGUCACAUUUAAUCCAAAACAAAAUCAGACCCCGCCCUCAUUAUAAAAUACUUUUGUAUUCAUGUUUUAAAAGUUUGGGUGGUUCAACAAGUUUUAUUUAUAGUCGAAUGAUUGAUUAUCUGUUGUCAUAAUUAAUCUCAUAUCAUUAACAACAAAAUUAAAUACAGUUGCUAAUUUAU